AUGUUUACCUAAAUUUGGUGUUGAUUUGGCGUACUAGCUAAGCAAACCGUUUUGUUUCUCCCGCACGGUCGUGCACAUAUGGCGACUGCAUCGUGAUUGUGGUUUAUCGGAUAGAGCAGCUGCACUUAUCUGCAGUAUUUCCGCAAUCUGAGUUGAAACAACAUGUUGCGUGUGGUUGUGUGCAGUGCAGUAGAGCAGUGAGCGCAUUAGAAAAUCAACCGCAUUUUCACGAUACCUGUGUUCCCGUGAAUUGAUUCCAAGUGUUUGCAAACGAUUGCAUUUAUCUAAGUUUUAAACCCAGUCGUUCACACGUCGGAGGCUGAGCGCUGAAGGUGACGGUAAAUCCGCAACAUGAAUCCCCAGCAGCAACCCCAAGCACCGUACGCACCGUACGCACCACAGUACCAGGGCUACACGGAUCAGCCGGGCUAUCCACCGCCGCCCGGUGGUUAUCCUCCGGCACCGUAUCCUCCUGCAUCGUAUCCACCACCGGGAACGCAAAGUCCUCCGCAGCAGGGCUACUGGGGCUCGCCAUACCCUCCGGGAGGACCACCACCACCACAGGGCUACGGACAGCCGCAACAGAUGUACGCACCAAAUCAACCGUACGGCGGAGGUGCCUAUCAGCCCGUCAUGGUGCAGCCAGGCAUGCCGGGCCAUCCAGCCCCGGUGAUGGGCCAACCGGUUCCAGGUGGUUGGAUGCCUAUUCCGCAAGGGAUACCGAACUGUCCGCCCGGCUUGGAAUACCUUACUGCCAUUGACCAGCUGCUCGUGCACCAGAAGGUGGAGCUGCUGGAAGCGUUCACCGGCUUCGAGACGGCGAACAAGUACACGAUCAAAAACACGCUCGGCCAAAAGGUGUACUGGGCGAUGGAGGAUACGGGCUGCUGCAACCGGAUGUGUUGCGGCGCGGCCCGCGCUUUCGACAUGAAGAUACUCGACACGUACCAGAACGAGGUGCUGCACUUUAACCGUCCGCUGCGCUGCAGCUCCUGCUGGUUCCCGUGCUGCCUGCAGACGAUGGAGGUGACCGCCCCGCCGGGCAAUGUGAUCGGGUACGUCGAGCAGGACUGGUCCAUCCUAACGCCCCAGUUUAGCAUUAAGGAUCAGAACGGUGAUACGGUGCUGAAGAUAUCCGGCCCAUUCUGCACGUUCAGCAUCUGUGGUGAUGUCGAGUUUGAGGUACUUUCCACCAACGGGGCGCAGGUGGGCAAGAUCAGCAAACAGUGGUCCGGACUGGGCCGGGAAAUGUUUACCGAUGCGGACCAUUUCGGUAUUAACUUCCCGAUGGAUCUGGACGUAAGGGUGAAGGCAACCCUGCUCGGGGCACUGUUUUUGAUUGACUACAUGUUCUUCGAAAAAUCCGGCAACAAGGAACAGGACCGGCCGGGAAUGUUCUAAAAAACCAUUGUUUUCCGCACCAUCGGUCGGUGGUGGUGUAGUGUUCACUUACUUACGUUAUUAUUAUACACACUAUAAUAAGCUCGAUCGAUCGACGGUGUACGGUACGUGUCCCCUUCAUCGUGUUUCCAUAUUCUCCCCGAUCAAAACUCCUUCCCCCAAUAUCGAACCCCUUCCAAAGUAAUUAUUGUUACCAUGAUCGCACACCAAAAACAGAGUCAGAGUGCAUUGGGAGAGUUUACUGUAGCGAAGCGAAGAAACAUUUAACAACGCACAACAGUCUGUACAGAGUGAAAAGCAAAGCACAAAACGAUACGCCUUAUCUAUGAGACCACGCAGAAAGGUUUAACGAAAUCUGUUUUCUAUGCUUAGGAUAGCAAACCGUAGCGGGAAUGUUUAGGGCACGCACAAACAUUGAAUUGAAAUGACGGUUACAAAGUGCUAGAGCAAGAUACAAUCUUAAAGCGAACGUUCGUGUGCUAGUUCAGAGUUUAUUCUUUUGGUAACAAUAUAUAUAUGUACAUGUGAACUUGCGAUGAGCGAAGCUAAGCAUAUAAAUAUACACAUCUCUAUACAAAACAAAACAAAAACAUCGCUGCCUCUCACACACACACAUGUUUUUUUGUUUGUUAUCAAUGUGCUCUUUACAAACUAUAUGAUGUUGCAUACAGCGUUAGCUUUUAUAGGUUUAAGGAUUCUAUAUUCUCUUACCGGUACCGCUACCCGUUACUAUUCUAACGAGUUUAAGAUUAUGAGGGAGAUUUUUCCCGCUAAAAAAACAUCUCCUGUAAUGUUGUAACACAUGUAAUAAAUCCCAUUCAUUGUCUUGC